AUGUCCAAUUUCCAUAAAUUGUUCAAUAGUGAAACUAUCACUGGACGAGCCAACGUUGCCAAAGCCACAUACGCCUCAUUCGCAGUGCUCUACAUAAUGCAUCGCUUACGAAAACGCUCAAAAGCAAGCCAUAGCGAUACACAAGCAGCAGCAGCAGCAGGCAAGAGUGUGACUGAAGGUACAUCUGAUCCAGAAAUUUGGAAGGGCGAACUUGGCAACGAGAAAUCUCCGGCGCCACCUGGAGAUGAUGGCGAUACAAAUGAAAGCGCUAUAAGCGCUGUAAGUAUCGGCAACUAGAAGUGAUGGAAUUGGCGGUGGAGAGGGUGUUGAAGGAAGAGCAGAUGGCACGCACAAUCAAAAUGUCAAAGUGAAUUCACGUGAGCACGAACCCUCCGUGGUGGAUGCAGUCUGGGGUUGCGACAUCUAAAGGCCGCUUUGGUUAAAUAUAUUUUUAGAAAUUUUGAAUGCACAAUUCAAGGAGAAUUCGUACAUAUAAGUUGUACGUAUAUCGCAUGUUUAAUAAUAUAGGUAUAUAAUUCAAAAUUUUCGUGUUUUGACUAAAGUUCCCAAAAAUGGCGAAGAUGUGUGCCUUUCUAUGUCUUUUGGUAUACCGAAUGUAUGAAUUGUUCAAACUUUGAUAUCGUUUUCCCACAAAAUUGAAAUUUUGAAAAAAUAUUGUAAAAUAUUUUCAUAUGCAUAUGAAUUCGCCUUACAAUUAUUUAUUGGAAGCAAGGCAU